AUGGAGAUCAACCAAAACCAGCUCUCACAAUUACCAGAGGAACCAACCAAAGGAACCACAAUCCUCAGAACUUGUUUCAAUGGAAUCAAUGCUUUAUCAGGUGUGGGACUACUAUCAAUUCCUUAUGCACUUUCCCAAGGAGGGUGGCUAAGUUUAGCUCUCCUUUUCUCAGUAGCCAUCCUCUGUUGGUACACAGGGCUGCUUCUCAAGCGAUGCAUGGACUCAAACCCACUCAUCAAAACCUACCCGGAUAUCGGCGAGGCCGCCUUCGGACGCAAAGGACGAGCCGUGAUAUCCGUCUUCAUGUACAUAGAGCUGUUCCUAGUUGCCGUCGAGUUUCUCAUACUAGAAGGUGACAACUUGGACAAGUUGUUCCCCAACACAAGCUUGAGAAUUGGAGGCCUGAAAAUGAAAGGUCAGAGAGGUUUCAUGCUUCUGACUGCGCUUGUGAUAUUGCCAACAACGUGGCUGAGGAGUUUGGGAGUGUUGGCCUAUGUGUCCGCUGGUGGGGUCCUCGCUUCGGUGUUUGUGGUGGGGUGUGUUCUGUGGGCUGGUGCUUUUGAUGGCGUUGGAUUCCAUCAAGGAGAUGAGAUUUUGAAGCUCGGAGGAAUUCCCACCACUAUAAGCUUGUUUGUUUUCUGUUAUUGUGGCCAUGCAGUUUUUCCCACUUUGUGCAAUUCCAUGAAGGAUAGAACCCAAUUUUCAAAGGUACUAGUGGUAUGCUUUAUCACAAGCACAAUCAACUAUGGAUCAAUGGCCGUCCUAGGCUACUUGAUGUUUGGAGAUUACCUCAAGUCUCAAGUGACAUUAAAUCUUCCUAUAGGAAAAAUCAGUAGUAAGAUAGCAAUUUACACCACACUAAUCAAUCCUCUUACCAAGUAUGCAGUUAUAAUUGCUCCUAUUGUCACUGCCAUUGAGGACACGUACCCUUUCCGCAACAUUAACCGAUGUGUUAGCAUCCUAAUUAGAACACUAAUUGUGUUCAGCACUGUAAUUGUGGCUCUAAUCGUCCCCUUUUUUGGCUACGUAAUGGCAUUCAUCGGCGCGUUUCUGAGUGUUACCGUGUCAAUGCUGUUGCCCUGCUUGUUCUACCUUAAGAUUAACAAAGCUGCUCGGAGUUUCGGGUUUGAAUUGACAAUGAUCAUGGGAAUUGUGGUGACGGGGUCUUUUGUUGGUGUAAUUGGUACUUACAUGUCCUUGAAACAAAUUGUAAACCAUCUAUAA